UUCAUUCACCCACGCGUGGUGAAAGAAGCUCGCUUACCCACGACAGGGUCUCUGACUCCCAUCUCCGUUACCUUAGGGGAUGACAAAACCCAGCGUUUCUCCGAUCAGAUGGUCACCGACCUUCCUUUCUUCCUCACUCUCGAGCCGACUGAUCGUUCCCCGACGUCUCGUCGCCACCGCUCCUCUGCACAUUUUGAUGUGAUGGAGACGGGGUACGACUUCAUUCUCGGCACUUCGUGGUCUCGUCGGUUGCGCAGCACCGAGGCCGAUUGGGCGACCAACACUCUCGUUCUCAAAACGAAGUGUGGACAGACGUAUCGCGUACCUUUCAUAGGUACCACUGCGACACCACGCCCCGAUCCUCCUCUCCCGGAGCCUUCUGUGCCCACACCAUCUCCUUCUAUCACUGUGACUUCGCCUCGGCAGUUCGCCCAUUUCAUCCGACAGGACGACGUCACCUUCUUUAUGGUGAACGUGACGGAUCUCUUACACUAUGAUCCAUCCUGUCCCGACGCCGAGCUCCUCCCUUUGGAGCCAGAUCCUCCUUCCAUCUCCAUGGCUCCCAUCUCUACUUCUGUCCCUCCGCCGUCCGUCGAGUCCACCCCGUCGUCGCGCGCUGACGCUGACGCUGAGAAACUCRCACAAUAUACGGCUGACUUGGAGCCCGCAGUUCGUGACCUCAUCCGAGAGUACCACGACGUUUUCCCAUCGUCGUUCUCGUACGCCGGCAUCCCACCGAUGCGUGACAUCGAGCACUCCAUUCAGCUUGUGCCUGACUAUCGUGUUCAGCACCAGACACCCUACAGACUCUCGAUCCCCGAGGCCACCGAACUCAAGCAUCAACUUGAGGAGCUCCUAAGACUGGGUUUCAUUAAAUCCAGCAACUCCCCGUGGGGUGCACCCGUCCUCUUUGCUCGCAAAGCGGACGGAACUCUCCGUCUCUGCAUCGACUAUCGCGGUUUCAACCGCUACACGGUUAAGAACAACUACCCCAUCCCUCGUUCCGAUGAGCUGUUCGACCGCCUAGCAGGCAACUGUUUCUUUACGAAGAUUGAUCUUCGUAGCGGUUACCAUCAGAUCCGCGUCGCUGCAACCGACCAGCCGAAGACCGCGUUCCGAUCGCGAUUCGGCCACUACGAGUUCACGGUGAUGUCAUUCGGCCUCACUAAUGCUCCCGCUACCUUUCAGAGGGCGAUGAACGACAUCUUCAGGGACAUCCUGGAGCAGUACGUUCUCGUCUACCUCGACGAUAUCCAGGUCUACAGUCGUACCCUUGAGGAGCACCUCAGACACCUCCGCGACGUCCUUGACCGCUUGCGCAGACAUGGCUUCUACGCCAAGCUGAGCAAGUGUUGCUUUGCCCAACACAAAGUGGAUUUCUUAGGACACUACGUGUUUGACGAGGGUCUCCUAAUGGACGACGCGAAAAUCACUGCUAUUGCGGAGUGGCCCGCYCCCACAUCCGCCAAGCAGCUUCGCAGCUUCCUAGGCCUGGCCAGCUACUAUAGUAACUUCAUCCGGGGAUACGCUAGRUAUUCCUACGUCCUUACCUCCACCCUCCUCCGGAAGAACCCACCCUGGGCUUGGACACCCCUCCACGAGGACGCCUUCCGCGCCCUCAAGAAGGCGGUGACAUGCGCACCGGUUCUUCACCUACCCGAUUUUGACCGCCCUUUUAUCCUUACCACCGAUGCGUCAGACUUUGUUGUAGGAGCAAUGUUUUCUCAGGCUUUUCUGACAAAGUCGAAGCUCACUCCUCGACAGGCUCGCAGGCGGCGCGACCUAUCCGAGUUUAGUUUCACCACUGAGCACAUCAAGGGUGAGACUAAUCGGGUCGCAGAUGCCUUAUCCCGGCGCCCUGACCACGACCAGGAGCACAUCCAGCUCUCUUCCAUCUCGGUUACCGCUGUCUACCACUCGGUGAUCGACGAGUUUCGCACUCAGUACCGCGACUGCCCCGACUAUCGCGACAUCCACGAGACCCUUCGGAGCGGCAAGACCGUCCCGAACUACUCUCUCGGGGACAACGGUAUUGUGUACUGGCACGGUUCACAGGGCACCAGAGAGCCCCGUAUUUGCAUUCCCUCCACUGGACAGCUACGUGUCGGAGCAGUAACAGAGUUCCAUGACCAGGCAGCUGCCGGUCAUAUGGGCUUCCACAAGACGUUGGCUCGUGUGAGCCCCCUGUACGUAUGGCCGAAGCGCAAGGACUUUGUGAAGGACUACGUCGCAGAGUGUCCCACCUGUCAGGAUGUGAACAGUGCGAACCACUUGCCCUAUGGUUUGCUCCAGCCUCUUCCUAUCCCUGAGGGUCGUUGGCAGUCCAUCUCGAUGGACUUUAUCGGUCCCCUUCGUCCUCCGACCCCUCGCGGUCAUGAUGCUAUCCUGGUCGUCGUCGACCGCUUCACGAAGCGUGCACGCUUUGUUACGUGCCGCUAUGCCAUCAAUGCACGUGAGGUCGCCGACAUCAUGUUUGACCGAGUCGUGCGUGACCACGGCUUACCUCUGAGCAUCAUAUCUGACCGUGACCCGCGCUUUACCAGCCGAUUAUGGCGACGGCUCCACRAGGUGUACGACACUCAGCUCCGCUUCUCCUCGUCUUACCAUCCUCAGACUGAUGGUCAGACCGAGAUCACGAACAAGACUCUCGGAGAUAUUUUCCGAAAGAUUGUUCGUGACGACCAGCAGUGGGAUCUCCAUCUUGCCCACGCGGAGAUAGCCUACAACCACGCCGUCUCGCCAGCCACGGGGAUGUUGCCUUACUAUUGCAACCUCGGCUAUCACCUGCGUAUUUCCGCGGACUUCCUUCGACCGUCCCAGAUGCACCCCGACACGAGUUGUCCCGCGCUGGAUGAUUGGGUUGCACACAUGACGUCGAUUAUGAAGACCGCACAUGAGCACAUAGCCGCUUCCCAGACUCGCAUGGCAGCACGUGCGAACCGAUCGAGGAUGGAUCACCCAUUCAAGGUCGGCGAUGAUGUGCUUAUCGACGCCCGCCACUUACAGCUCGAAGCGGACACACUUCGCAAGUUUCGGCGUUGCUUCUUUGGCCCAUGCCGCAUCCUCCAGGCCGUCGGUUCUGAUACGGCAUCUAGCCCGGUCAGCUUUCGUGUGAAGCUGCCCGACUACCUACGCCAGGCUCGUGUGCAUGAUGUCUACCACGUCUCGUUACUGCGUCCUUACCGCAGACCGUCUGAGCGUUUCCCUGGACGACCAUACAAGCGCACUCCACCCAUCAUGGUGGAUGGCCACGAGGAGUUCCUCGUUUCAGACAUCAUUGGUCGCCGAGUCACCGACGACAACCCUCCCCACGUCGAGUAUCUCGUACGUUGGAAGGGUUACCCUGAUGAGGAGGCUACCUGGGAGCCCCUCGAGCACUUGCAGCACGCUCGCAUGUUGGUGCGUACUUAUGACCGUGCUCGUUGUGUUGGGUUCACUGCUCCUCCUCAGCCCACUGACCCUCCUCCUUCCCCCCGGCUUAGGAGACCGCUGAAGUCGAGCCUGCUCCAUCUGAGGCAGACCUUCAGCAGCAGCCGGAUGCUUCUGAGCGUCCACAACGCACUCGUCGUCGUCCUGCUCGAUACGAUGAUUGACUCUGACUUACCUUUCCACGUCCUUGACUUCUCAGUACUCCAUCCACUCCAGUUUUGCUACUUCGGCUCGUCGACGUUGCGGCUCUUCCUCGACGACAUUCCGGACUUCUCAUCGUGGACGUCAUCGGCAGCUUCAUGGACUUCGUCACGAUCAGCUCUGCCUACUUCAGACGUCGCCGCUCUCUUACCACUUUACCCUGUACAGUACCUGCUUGUGUCGCAUGAUGGUCUCCCUUUAGCCGGGUUCCUCUAAGUUGGGCUCUCCCUUGGUAUACGCAUAGGCAUCGGGACCGUAGCGUUGCCCUGGCUUCCCAUCUUACGGAUCU